UCAUUUGCUGGCAGGGUCAUUUUGUUGUUUUCCCCCCAGAAACCCAUGUAUAAGGUCUGGCUCUGUGGAAUCUCCAUAAACCCCAGUCCACCUUAAAUGAAUGCCAUGGUGAUUGCAUGUACAAGCACAAUUUUAAAGAUGGUAUAGCAAUAUUUGCAAGGUAUCUGGUUUCAGUUAAAUGUACUGGAAGUAACUGCAGUCAUAACUGUAAUACUGACAAAACCAGUUCAGUGCAAAUGAGUAUGGACGAUCGGGACCAGGUGCAGAAGAAGCCUGUUCGCAUCAUAGCAGCGGUCUGCAACGACAUGGGGAUCGGCAAAGACGGGCAGCUGCCCUGGAAUUUACCAUCUGAGUUCCAGUACUUUCUGAACACUGUCAAAAGGGUAUCAAGACCAGGAAAGAUGAACCUGAUGGUCUGGGGCAAACUGUGCUGGUACUCCCUCCCAAAAACUAUGUUACCAAUGGCCAAUAUUCUGCAUGUGGUGCUGAGCACGACACUGGACACAGUUCCAGAUCACGCCCACUUCCUGUGUCAAGACUUUGAGAGUGCGGUCCGCCUGGCGGCACAGCCCCCCCUCGCUGACCUAGUUGAGACCAUCUGGAUUGUCGGUGGGACGCAGGUCUACAAGGAUGCGCUGAAGCACCCGUGGUGUGACUUGGUUUACCUGACAGACGUCAUGGCAGACUUCGACUGUGACGUCUUCUUCCCCGAGUUUGACAGAGGACUCUUCAGAGAACAAGAAGGAUUUCCUGAUGUACCGAGUGGAAUUCAAGAGGAGAACGGCAUUAAGUACAAGUUCCAAGUGUUCAAGAAAGAAAUUGGUGAUGCGGUGUGGACGGCUAAUAGAGAAAAUCAAUAGAUUGUCAGAAAACACUCAAAUAUAUAUACCUCAUUCCUUGAAAACCUUUCAAGAUUUAUUGCCAUGUUACCUUCUGGUCAGACAGUAGAAACAUGCUGCCAAACCCACAGUGCGUCACUAUAUUUCUAAAAAUCCAAGUAUUGGUAACACUCUUUGUUAUAUAGUACUUUUAUACUCUUUUAUACUCUUUGUAAUGGAUGAAAAACUCGAAACGCAGACACUUUAACAGCAGUCUAGUUUGUCUAUGCAAGUCUUUGUGUGUAUUCACCCAUCUUACAUCACUGCUGCUUGGUACAUUAUUUACAAUCUGUUCUGAUAUAAAAUCUGCCACCCGCUGCUGUCACCUUGUCAGCGUUCCCAUCUCGUCCUCCUCCUCAGAUGCAUUGCAGCUGCACAGAGAAUAUGCUUGUCAGUGAGUCAGUCGGCUGUCACUGUUGACGACAGCUCGUGGUCUGGGUACCACAACAGAUCUGGUCCCCUCUAAGCUAAUGGCAGAUGCCAGUUUAGAAAGCAACAAAUGAAUUGUCCUACUAUCAAUCCUAUAAGGACUGUCUUGUCAUUCCGAAGGAUAAGGGGACAUUAAUCAGCUUGUAUUUUGUUGAUUACAACUGAAAAUACCUUUAUUUUGAAGUUUUUCUGUGCAGUUUUUUGGUGGAUAAGGGGGACAUUAAUCAGCUUGUAUUUUGUUGAUUACAACUGAAAAUACCUUUAUUUUGAAGUUUUUCUGUGCAGUUUUUUGGUGGAUAAGGGGGACAUUAAUCAGCUUGUAUUUUGUUGAUUACAACUGAAAAUACCUUUAUUUUGAAGUUUUUACUGUGCAGUUUUUUGGUGGAUAAGGGGGACAUUAAUCAGCUUGUAUUUUGUUGAUUACAACUGAAAAUACCUUUUAUUUUGAAGUUUUUACUGUGCAGUUUUUUGGUGUAUUUCUGAGGUUUUUCAUGAAAAUAAAUCACCGGUAAUUGUUUAAUUGAGAAACAACUGACAAUUUGUGAAUCUUGUUGGGUUUUUUUAAUAAAAAGAUCCUUAUUUAUCUUUUCAGGCUUGUUAAAGGACCUUGCAGAAAGUGAGUCUGUAUGUCACUGUUUUAAAUUGAUUUAGCACCCAGGCUUUUAAUGAUGACAUUGUUGUUCGAAUAUGAGUGAUAGUGGGUUUAUGUAUUUACCUGUAAGUGUCUCUGUCUAUUUGAAACCGUGCGGCUGCCACUUGCCAGGACAUUCUUGUAAAAGAGAUUUUUAAUCGCGAAG